ACAGAGCAGGUUUUUCAGGUCUCCAGUGGACAUUGAAAAGACGCGCCCGUGGCUUCGUUACUCCAUUCAUUCCUCUGAAGGAUAGCGGGAGCGCGACGAUGGCAGCGGUCACGCAACAGAUGUCGAGCCUUCCCAGCGGACUCCGGAUCUGCACCACCGCACCGGACAUCCUCUACCUGCCCGAACUGGUGUUUGGAGGGUUAGUAUGGAUCCUGGUGGCAUCCACAUAUGUGACUCCGAAUAACCCUCUGGGAUGGGUGAUGUUUGUAUCAGUCUUCUGCUUUGUGAUGACCUUCCUCUGGCUCGUCAUCUUCGCAUGUGGAGGGCACAAAAACAGCAGCGCCUGGGCUACGGCGGAUUUUAUUUAUCACCUUAUUGCUGUUACGUUCUAUCUGAGCGCCUCAGUGAGCCUGGCUUAUGUGACCAUCAACAUGAAAUUUGCAGCAGCAGUCUCUCCCUAUAAUAAGUACUAUCAAACCGACAUUGCAGCUGUGGUGUUCUCUUAUAUUGCCACAUUGCUUUACUUCAUCCACUGCAUCCUUUCUGCUUUGCGGUGGAAAUCCUUCUAAUCAAAGAAUCUGAUCAAAAGGAAAUCAUUAUGACAUAAAUUGAAAAACAUUGUAAAACUACUGGGGGCCGAGAGAGAUGAAUCUCAGGGGUCAGUCCUGACUCGGCACCCUCUACUCAAAAACCACAGCAAUCAUGAUGGAAUAAUCCCAUUUACACUUUUCAUAGAUUAUUCUGACCUUAUUGCUUCUGUAAUGAUGAUGCUUUCUUAUAUUUGGUAGAAGGGAAACUUUUUAAAAUGGUAUCUGUACUAGUAUGAUGACUCCCUGUGUAGAUGCAGAUGAAGAAACAACAUGAGGGUUUUUUUGUAUACUUCUUGUAUCUUUGUAACAGAUAAAUACAUUUUUGUAUAUUUAGCUACUACACACUAUGAACAACAUAAUAUUUUAAUAAAAGAAUAUGAACUAGACAUAA